UACAAAGCAAUGUCAGCAGACGUCGAGAACACGAACGUCAGCCAUUCGCGGUUCAUCAACGAAGCGAGUCCGCGAACGCGCUGGAAAGAUGAUAUCGACAACGAGGGCGCCCUGAAAGGCAUUGAGGAGGCGGAGGAGCAUUUUGCGGAUCUUAAACCAGGAAAGGGGAAAUUGUCUCCGACCUCUACCCACCUCUUCAAACUUAUACUACCCUUGGGCCACCUCUCGUCGCGUUACAAUAGCAAGAACGAGGAGUCAUCCCCCGCCCCGCCCACUGUCUUCCUGCUUCACCCGUCGCAACCGCUCUCGCAUGUCUCUCGCCUAAUCCUUGCCUCACUCGCGCCGGCUACGCCCUCAAUAACGUUUAGAAGCACGUCCCCCACGACCGGUUCUGAAUUCCAAUGGAGCGACGCGACUGACGUCGCCGAUUUCGCCCGCGACGCCGCGAGCGCGCGUGAGUUCUGGAUACAUAUCAGCAAUUCCCCCAUCCCCGCCGUCGGUGUAAGCCCCCAACUGAAGGACCCUAAAGGCGAGUCAAAUCAAGUGGAUGGACUGCAGGAUACCGUUAUCGAAGUUGAGGUGCCGACGUUCGCGGACCGCACACGGUAUCUCCGCCGGCGGCUGGACAUUAUUGGGCGCGAGCUGAAGGAGAUGGAAACGCUGAAGAAGAAGUGUGAUUCUGAGGCGCACCGUAGCGCGAGAUCGCUGGCUGUGGGCGGGUUGGCCAUGCUCGUGGUAUAUUGGGGAGUAGUGGCGAGAUUGACGUUCUGGGACCUUGGCUGGGACGUCAUGGAGCCGGUCACGUAUCUCUCAGGCCUAUCCAUGGUCAUCCUAGGCUAUCUCUGGUUCUUAUACCAAGGUCGCGAAGUAUCAUACGCCUCUGUGCUCGACCGAUCAAUAUCAGCUCAUCGCGAGGCCCUCUAUCGAGCCCACGGAUUUGACAUUGACCGUUGGAUCGAGCUUGUCAACGAAGCAAAACAGGUCAAGCGCGAAAUUGCGAAGAUCGCGGCCGACUACGACGAACACAAGCGCGAGGCUGAACCGCGGAAAGAAAACGACACCCCAAGUGCCUCAGCUUCAACCGGCGAAGGCAAGGGAAACGCCGAGAAGGCAGGUUUGCAUAUGCAGGAUCGAGAUGGCGACGGUGUUCUGGAAGGCGCGGAGAUCCUGAGCGACCAAGAAGUGAAGAAAGAGGACAAGAAACGGAAGAUACAGCUUGACCGAGAAGGGCGAGAUGUCAGUAGUGCGGAUGAGGUGAUCAACGGCUAGACGCGGAUUUGCCAUAAUGGAGUGCAUUGACGAUGAUAGAGGAUACAUCACGCAUAUACCUUCAAUAUUUAACAUCG